AUGGCCAAGGGCGUGGAACCCAUUCGUUACGCCAUUGCCUUCUAUCAGACCAAGCUGCACCUUUACCUCAACGGCAAGCCCACGUGUGUGUCCGAGCCCUGUCAUCGUACUGUGACCUGCUCUAAGGAGCCCAACGUGGUCAUGGAGCAUGCCCUCCUCGCCCAGCUAUUCGUCGCUCAUUCGAAGACGCCGCCGUCAUGCCAUCUCGUUGACGCUGCUCUCAAGACCCUACUGGCGCAACACAACUGCGGCCUCCCUGGACACUCCUCGGAGAUUGGGAUCCCCGCGUUGAAGGAGGUUAUUGGUCCCGUGGCUCCCACUCUCCCACAGAUGCGUGCUCUCGAUCUCGCGCCUGCUUUACUAGACGAAUCCCUGAACGAGUUGUGGAGCUCUACCCUUCAGAACGAGGCGAGACGCUGGGUCAGCUUGACUGGGACGACCACCGCCGGUGUGGAAACGCAUGUCCAGGGAGCGGGAAAUGAGAAUGCGAGCUCAAAGCGACGCCGUCCUCUGCUGGCCCCAUGCGAGCCAGGGACUGGUGACAAAGGCGAAAUGAGGAGGCCAUCAAAGCGACGCCGUCUGACUUCCCAGUCAGUCAAGAUGGAGGCCGAUGCGAACGUCCAGCAAAGCAACGUUGCCCGCGGAGGAGUACACGAUGCCAGAGUUCACGAGCACGAUGCCGCUCCAGCUUUCCCUUCGCAUGGACAUGUCCACUACGAACAGCUCGCGAGGCCAAUAACUCUACCUGGUGGUUACUUGGACGGAAACGUCGAUCACCACUCUUUCAUCAAGGCCUGGCUCAAUGGGCUUGAGGGCGAAGCGUUGGGAGUCCCUGCUGGAUCUGGUCCUGUGAGCACUUCGUUCUCCGAAGCCCAUCGUCCGUAG